CUUAUCAUGCACAGUAACAGAGCAGUCUCACGGUCUCGUGCAUAAAUUAUUUGUUUGUGUGAGGAUGUAAAUUUCUACCUGGCAUUAGUGUAAUAAUUUACCCAUCUGAAUUUGGAAUCAAAAUCGUUUCAUAAAAUGAGUCGGAAAGGGAAAGGACAUAACACAUUGACGAAUUUGCAUCGGGUGAGCGUGAGUCAGGACACGGAACUAUCUUUACUUCCACCUUCAGCAGAACAAGUAAAACUGCCCCUCACGCCCGGCUCAGAUUUUGACUUUGACGGUCACACCUCCAACUUUGUGUUUCCUCUCCACAACGCGGCGAAAAAUGGGAAUUUGUGUGAACUUACGGCGUUACUCGCCCUUCCGGGGUCCAAUCCGUUCAAGCAAGAUUUCAAAGGGAGGACCCCGCUCCAUUACGCGGCCGUGUUUGGAAACCAGAAAACUGCGCUUCUCAUGGUCACAGAAAUCCUGAAUAGCGGAGUGAUUGUUAAUGCAGUGAAUGUAGAUCAUGAUCGAAGUAUAUUAAUCAACGUGCAAGACGCCAAUGGCGAAACGGCGGUACAUUUAGGUGCGAAAACUGGACAUCGAAAAAUUGUCCAGCUACUUUUAUUCUCAGCGGCGGACGUUAAUAUUAAGUGCAAGAAUGGCGUGGAACCCAUCGAACUUAUUUACGCUAACGUUCCCCAAGCCAUGUGUGCAGUAUUUGACACUGCAAUUCGGUACAAAAGUGGUGAGAUUGAGGACGACAACUUUGACUUGUUGCUAGAUUUUGGGGCAAUUGUUGGAUAUCCUGACGAACAAGAACAACAAGAUCCAUUCUCUCUGCUUGAGUCUGAAUUGCUGGCUUACGCCCUGAAAAAUUCUGCGUCGAGAUGCAAGGAAAUCCUGGUCCACCCACUCGUUCGCCUCUUCCUCCACUUCAAGUGGAAUAAGGUUCGUCCCUUCUUCUGGGCUUCGAUCGUGAUCCACACCCUCUGGCUCCUCGUCUUCUCCACCUUCUUACUCGACCUGUAUCUUCAUCGCUGUCCCUACAUCCGAACUAACAACACCUCGACCCUCGACGAUAAUAAUGACUCAUCAUCCAACAAUUUUGAACUUGAAAGUCUAGAAGGAGUAAACUGUGCUGGUGACGACAUUAACGUAAACUUGGCGUGGCUAGCGUCAUUAAUAUCAAUUGUGAUGGGAUUGAAAGAACUCUACCAACUCUUCUCUGUGCCGACCUUCUUGUACUAUUUUAGCAAACUGGAGAACCUGGGUCAACUCUUGCUCAUUGUUAUCGUUGCCCUCACCACGCUCCCCGUGUGGACUUAUCUCUUGGGGAGUAGACCCAGCGUAACAAUUCAGCCUUGGCAGUACCAAGCUGCUGCGUUUGGAAUUUUCUUGGCAUGGACGCUAAUUUUGGGUCAGAUUGGAAAAACUCCGAGAUUAGGUCUUUACGUAGAAAUACUUCUUCAGGUCUUGAAGAGUUUUGGUCUCUUUGUGCUCACCUUUACAUCACUGCUGACCGCAUUCGCACUCUCAUUUAGCAUCCUCAUGCCACAGAGCAAAUCAUUUUCGAGCUGGCCCCUCGCCCUGUCCAAAGUGCUCAUCAUGAUGACGGGGGAGCUAAACUAUGACGAAAUAUUUUACAACGGCGACGACGGGGAUCAGCCGAUUCCAUUCCGAACCACGGGUCACAUCCUGUUCGCUCUCUUUGUCGUGAUCGUGACCAUAAUUCUGUUCAAUUUGCUGAUUGGGUUGACCGUGAGUGACAUCCAGGGCCUGCAAGUGGGGGCGAACGCUUCCCUCUUGUCCAGCCAACUGGAGCAAAUCUUCCUCAUGGAGUCGUUCCUCUUCUCGCGACAUAUUCGACACAUCUUCAAAUUUCUCAGACUGAAUCCCAACUUGGUCAGAAGAUUUCAAAUUGCGGACAUUGAGAAGGAUGAAUUGUUUGGAGUGAUCUGUCCGAUACGAAAAGUGCCAAAAGAGUUGCGGAGCGAGGUGAAGGAGCUGGCGAUGCAGAAUAUGAUUGGAGAAGGGGGUGGUGGGGACUGCACGAGCAAUGCGGGCGACGAUCCGAGUAUCAAAGCAGAAAACUUGAAGGUUAUCAUUAAGGACGUGCUGCUGCAAGUUCUUCAAGAACAUUUUAAUCGAGAAACUCCGAAAAGUUGAUGAUUCAUACAAUGAAUUUCAUAUGUAUUCAUACCGUUUUUAUAAUCAGGUUUUUAUAAAAUUUCAAAAUUUCAUAGAAAAUGACUUAUUUAGAAAAACCAUCAUUGUUUUAAUUUCUAUAAUUUAAUAAAAGUUUGUAUAAUAGUCAAUUUACACAACAAUAAAUCAAUAAACACGGGUUAUGGCGAUAGGUGUCGUCUUGCGACAUGUCGACUACACCAAGGACG